AAUAUAACUGGUAGCGGGGAACAUGCCGUGAUCGUUGUGUUGUGAUCUGUCAAACGUAUCAAAAUGAGUGUCAAGGAGAGGAAAGAUAGUUAUCAGUUGUUGUCGAAGCAAUAUGAACUUGUGGCGCCCGAUGGUGGAUGGGGUUAUGUGGUGGCAUUAGCCGCGAUUGUGGUUUUUACAUCGACCACCGGGUUUGCAGGAUGCUUCGGUAUGAUCUACAACGACUUUAUGACCGAAGUAGGGAUGACAUCGGCAGACGUCACCUUAUCAGCGGGAAUAGUCUGCAUGGCUGUCGCCUUUUCUGGUUUUUUCACAAGUGCGCUGCUUAAAAGAAUGUCACUACGCAAAUUGGCUUUCGCAGCAGUCAUUGUCUACUGCGGAGGUACUUUUGGACAGAUUAUAAUGACGACAAAACUUCAUUUUUAUAUUUUCCAAGGAGUAAUGCAGGGCUCUGGCUUAGGAAUAAUUAUGACCCUGACGUUUACCGCUAUGAACGAUUACUUUGUCAAGAAAAGGGUGUUAGUAAUGAGCUUCGUACAGACUGUGACAGGCAUUUUGACUAUGGUAGCACCUAUGUUUAUUAAAUGGGCAUUAGAACGGUAUGGUUUCCGCGGCUGUAUGAUAAUCCUAGCUGGAAUAUCUUUGAGCAAUGUGUUCGCAGUACUCACGUUCCAGCCGAUCAAACGGCACCUGAAGAAAGUUGAGAUUCCAGGAGCUCCCGAAACUUAUGAACCCUUAACCGAAAAAGUUGGUGAAAAGAAGCUCGACACACCAGUUAUAAAAUUAACCGAUAUAGAAGAAAACAUCACAAAGUUAAACUAUGAAGGUUAUUCUGAAGACAAUCUCAAGAAAAGUUUUUUGAGGAAAGCGCUGGAAUCAUUUUUAGAUAUAGAGCUUUGUAAAUCGUUUAUAUUAACCUGCCCAUGUCUGGGCCCUGCAAUCGUUUUAACAGCUGAUAAUUUAUACUUGAUGAUAUUUCCACAAUACUUGUACACUAUGGAAUGGAGUCAGGAAAAUGUGGCACUAUCCAUAAUGGCUUAUGGAUUCGGAGAUAUGAUUACAAGAGUACUUUUAAUAUUUAUUUCUAAAUGGGUUGACCAGUUGGGGGUCCAAAAAAUAUACGUAUUUGGAAUUGGUGUAGCAGUCUUUUCAAGAUUUGGAUUGCUGUGGAGUCCUUCAGCUGGGGUGACUACAGUUUUGGUGUACACCGCUUUAAUGGGAGUGUCUCACUGUGUCAUUGCUGUGCUCAUGCCAAUGGUGAUAUCCGAUGCUGUAGCACCAGAAAAGUUUACAGCAGCUAUGGGUUUCUGCCUUCUAGUCCUUGGAGUAACGAGUAUGGUCUUAGGCCCUGUAGUGGGCGCCAUAAGGGAUUACACAAAUAAUUACGAUGCGGCUUUCUACGUCAUAACUUUGUUCUACUUGAUGUUCUUAAUAUUGUGGCCGAUUGAACUGUUUGUAAGAAGUAGGCGGAUGAAGAAACUGAAGACUGAAUCUAGUAAUAUUAAUAAAUGAAUUAUCUAUAA